AAGCCAAUUUCUUUAGUCUGUCAUCGACCUCGUUCCACAAAAUCCCACUUCCACGAUGUUGCUGUAGGACCAGCAAUUGAACAGUCCGUCAAGGUCUCACCUAUGGCGCGCAUGCCGACUAGAAUUCUACUACGAUCUCUGGUUCUGACUUCUUUGAUGACAUCCAAAAUGUUCUUACAGCCCGCAUUAGCAAUGAUGGGCGUCAUUUCAACAUCAAAAUCUCCAUUUCUAAACCCGGACCAGAACUUUUUAUUGAACAAGAUUCUUCGCUGGACAGUCUAUGACCACUUUUGUGCUGGAACAAAUAAGACCGAGGUUUCGAAAACCGUGGCAGACAUAAAAAAGAUUGGGUACCAGGGUGUCAUCUUGGGAUAUUCGAAAGAGGUUGUUUUGGAUCAUAGCGAAAUGCUUUCAGCCGAUGAAUCUGGCAACUCACAGUACAGUGAAAAGUGCUACGAGGCAAUUGAACAAUGGAAGAAUGGAACUUUGGAAACGUUGCGUAUGGUUGGCCCGGGUGACUUUCUUGGCGUGAAAUUGACAGGUGCGGGUCCUAUCGCGGUAGACGCAAUGACAGCGCGUCAGUCCAUGCCCGCGGCAAUGGCAAAAGCUGUGGAUGAAAUUUGCAUUGAAACAGAGAAGCAAGGCUCACGACUCUGGCUUGAUGCAGAGCAACAAGUCUUGCAAAACGGACUCGAUGAUUGGGCUAUUGAGAUGAUGCGUAAAUAUAACAGAACAAGGACACCGAUUAUCUACAAUACUAUUCAAGGCUAUCUCAAGGGAUCAAAGGCGAACCUCGACCAUCAUCUUACCUUAGCCGCACAAGAGGGAUGGGCUCUGGGUAUCAAAUUAGUUCGAGGGGCGUAUAUCGAACAUGAGACGCGCUCUCUCAUCCAUGAUACACAGGCUGACACGGACCGCUCAUACAAUCUUGUUGCAGACACCAUGCUUUGCCGAAGAAUGCCUGCCGGGAGCGGGGACCUUCCAUUCCCGAAUGCUGCUCUCUUCCUCGCUACACACAAUGUAGCAAGUGCAACUAAAGCAAUUGCGACGCAUCGCCAGAGGCUUCUCGCACAUCAACCUACGAUUAUUUUGGAAUGCGGACAGAUUCAAGGCAUGGCCGACGAACUCGGCUGUGAACUUGUGCAAAACUACGAACAGGCUCUCAAGGAGUCAUCUGUUGGCAAGUCAAUUGCACCAAAAGCCUUCAAGUGUAUGCCUUGGGGAUCUGUGGGUGAGUGUAUGGGGUACUUGCACCGCCGAGCAAUUGAGAAUCGAGGGGCUGUGGAACGAACGCAGCACAUGGUCACCGCAUUGCGGCGUGAACUGUGGCGGAGGAUCGUCGGAUAA